AUGGGCUGCUACGUCAACCGCAACGAGUUCGAGUACUGGGUCACCGAACACCUCCGCAUGUCGGGCGUGUACUGGGCCGUGGCUGGCCUGGCCGGCCUCGAUGCGCUGGACCAGCUGCCGUCGGCGCCACUGCUGGAGUUUGUGGACAAGUGCUAUGAUGCUCAAAUCGGCGGGUACGCGGGCAACGUCGGCCACGACGUGCAUCUGUUGUACACGCUGUCGGCGGUACAGAUUGCAGCCAUUUACGACGAGCUGGACCGCAUCGACGCCGACGCCGUCGCCGCGUACGUGGCCAGUCUGCAGCAGGCCGACGGCUCGUUUGUGGGCGACAAGUGGGGUGAGGUGGACACCCGGUUCUCGUACUGCGCGCUCUGCACACUCGCCCUCCUGGGGCGACUGGACGCCAUCGACGUCGACGCUGCUGUUGCGUUUGUGGCCUCGUGCAGGAACUUUGACGGCGGCUUUGGCGCCGUCCCGGGCGCCGAGUCGCACGCCGGCCAAGUCUUUUGCUGCGUCGCCGCCCUCGCCAUCGGCGGCGGCAUGGCGCACGUCGAUCAGGACUUGCUGGGUUGGUGGCUCGCCGAGCGCCAGGUGCCCAUCGGCGGCCUUAAUGGCCGCCCCGAAAAGCUGCCCGACGUCUGCUACUCGUGGUGGAUCCUCUCCGCCACCUCGAUCCUCGACCGUACCCACUGGAUGGAUGCUGGCAAGCUCCGCGACUACAUCCUCUCCUGCCAGGACUGGGAGACCGGUGGCAUUGCCGACCGUCCCGGCGACUGGGUCGACGUCUUCCACACCUUUUUCGGUAUCGCAGGCCUCGCCCUCCUCGGCUGCGGCGGCCUCACCCUCAUCGACCCGGUCUACGCCCUGCCCGAGGCGGUCGUUCUCCGCCUCGGCCUCCCUCGCCUCUUCUCCGUCCCGCCGCCUCUCGCCAUCAACAUCGAGUAAAACCGCUGCGCAGCCAGCAACCAC